AUGUCGCGCCUAGUUCCUCUGCGGCUCCACCUCCUCCUUGCCGCCCUCGUCCUCCUCGUCGGUACAUUUUUGCUCCCCGCGACCCACCGCCUCCUCCCUUCCUCUCCUCCCCACUACCCCCUCCCCUCCUCCCCCCCCCCCCCCUCUCUCCCUCCCUCCCCCCCCCCCUCUUUUUCCCCCUCUCCCCUCCGUCCCUCGAUGUCCUCCCCCUCCCUCUUUCCGCAAUCCCCGACUCCCCCCGCCGCAUACCCGCCGCUCACGCGUGCUCUUCUGCGACGACUUUCAACGCCAUUCGCCGCUCGCUCCUUCUCAGGCGGCGCCGAGGCGCAGCUCCAACCGCUUGCUGUCCCCGUGAGGCUGGUACCGAGUCGACUCAAGAUUCCCUCCCCCAAUUCGCCCCUCUGUCCCCCCUCUCCCCGCGUGCAGAAAAUCGUGUACGUGAAAGUUGUGUACGUGGGAGGAAGCUCCAACCGGUUGGUGUCCCCGUGGGGCUUUGCAAUGAAGGACUGGAAGGCGCCCAAGGUCCUGCCCGGCGACAGCCUAGUGUUCCAGUGGACGGGCGAGGUGCACUCGGUGCACAAGGUCAGUGCGGCUGAGUAUGCCGCGUGCACGUUUGUCAAGGCGAAGCAGCUCGCUCGCAACCGCAACUACGGGAGCUACUGGUACAAGGUGAACUGGAGGGAGUUCGGCAAGACCAUCUACUUCAGCAGCAAGGCCAACAAGGACUGCAGCCUCGGGAUCAAGGUGGCGUUUGUUGUCGGGACGUAA